GGCUGGGGUUUCUCUGUGCUGUAUUCCCUUGAGUCUUCCCGUCUACUUGCAUGCAAAUUCGGAUAAGUUCUUCCCGCUGAACUCCUGGGUUCUCCAGCGGAGCUUUCUUAGCUCCUCCCCAAAACCGAUCUCGGUGGACAAGUGGUCCCUGCUGUCGCUGCCUGUGUUUAAAAACCAAGACGGUUUGUUGUGCUGACAUCCCAGCCUGUGAUUUCUGCUGCUGCCGGCACGAACGAGCAAUGCCAGUUUCACGACUCUUGAGCCCUGUGUGAAACUCGGACGCGGACACAGACGAACUUUUGAGCACGCCUGCUCACGCCUCCCCGCUUCGUAGAGAUGUCGGAGGCUGACCCUUCAUCUGGAUUUGCCGGAAGUGUGGAGAAUGGAACUUUCCUGGAGCUGUUUCCCACAUCGCUGUCCACGUCGGUGGACUCAUCCUCAGGCCAUCUGUCCAAUGUCUACAUCUAUGUCUCCAUAUUCCUCAGCCUCCUGGCUUUCCUGCUUUUGUUGCUGAUCAUCGCUCUCCAGAGGCUGAAGAACAUCAUCUCCUCCAGCUCCUCCUACCCCGAGUAUCCUAGUGACGCUGGGAGUUCUUUCACCAACCUAGAAGUGUGUAGUAUCUCCUCUCAGAGGUCGACGUUUUCCAACCUCUCAUCCUGAAGGAAACGGGUCGAUAUUCCAAAUGAGAGCGGCUUCAGUUUCUCCAUACUGAAGAAGGUAUUGCUUCAUGAGAGAAAUAACCAUUUGGAUAGACCUGUUUUCCUCCUUCAUUUUGUAAUUCCUUUUCUGCUCAGGAUGUGCUUCAUUUGUAAAAAGAGGAGCCAAUGCUGAUGGAAAUGCAGGUAAACUUUGAGGCAUGGGAUUCCACACAAAGUCCUUGACCUACCUGGAGUCUGCUCAACACUGUGUUGGACACCUCGGAUUCAGACUGCAGGGGAUGCUGGGAAGAGACACUUCCACUCUGACUCUCUUACAAAAGACCUGAAACUAACUGAGCGAACAGAAACUGGAACCCAAGUAGAGACUAUUUAGAAGAUAUUUUC